AUGUUUCUUUUUUGUGUGUAUCUUUCCGAUGAUGAUGCUGAUGACAAUAAUGACGAUGGUGAUGACGAUGAUGAUGGUGAUUUUGAUGACGAUAAUGACGAUGGUGAUGAUUUUCGUUCACUAGUUGUUGCUUUUCAGUUGGAAGUUAGUCACCAUAUCCCUUCAACACUAACUGUGUCCAGCACGACACUUUUGUUAGUCGAAAUCCAUGAACUCCAUAGGAUACCACGUUUCUUUGAACUCGUGCUCGUACCACAGAAUUUCAUCUGCAUUAUUUACACGAUUAACAACACAUAUGUUGGAGAUGCACGCGUGUAA